AUGAAGAGCGGGAGAGGCCUGGGUGAAGCUCUUUGUAGAAUGGAAACAUUGGUUUUGCUAUGGCUACUAGCGCUUGCAUCCCCUGUCUGUGGGAAAGCCCUGCUGGAUCUAACUGGUGUGCAGGAAAUCGAAGGGACCUGGAGAGCAUCCGUUAAUUUGCCAUGUGUGUAUGAACCCUCUGCUGACUUCGAGCAGGAAGCUGUGGUGUGGAAAGCCUCUCUGUCAGAUCAUAGCAUUAGGACCAUCUUUCGCCGGGCUCCUGACUCAGGAGAUCAGAUACUCUUGAUGCAUUUCAAAAGCAGAAUCCAUGUCCCAAAAGACCCACCCGGAGAUGUUUCCCUCCUAAUUGAGGAUCUGGAGUUGGCCGAUCGUGGGCAAUACACCUGUGAAGUUGUCUGGGUGGCGAGAAACAAGAGCAGGAUGACGAAAGAGAGGAUGACUGUCCUCAGUGUUGUCAAAGUGGCAGUGUCCAAGCCCGUCAUUACAGCUGGAAGCGUGGGAUCCAUCCUGCCCAGAGGGAGGAAUAUCAGCCUGACCUGCCAAGCCAAUGGCUCCCUACCCAUCAUAUACCGAUGGUUCAAGGCAGUGCAAAAAGGAAAUGCAGACCAAGUUGGGGAGAAUGCCAUACUCCGCUUUGACAGUCUGCAGGUACCAGAUACAGGAACAUACUUCUGUGAAGCAGAGAACCGAGUCAGCUCUGCUGUCCAGCAGAGUGAUGCCUUUCAGCUAAUUGUGAGAGACCCAGCCUCCCUGCCUACUACCAACGACCCCGCCGGGUCUCGGAUUACAAGCACUUCGAAAAGAAAUCUGGUUCCAACUACAAUAGAGCCUUGGAGGGAUGGGAGAGUUUCAGAGCACUAUGCCAGCAACCCAGCUCCUCGGAGGACCAGCCUGCCCCUCUACGUCAUUGUCCUGAUUGCUGUGCUCUGCAUCGUGGUGCUUCUUGCGGUCUUGGCGGUUGUCUUCUGCAGAAGGAAGCCCAGGGCUGAUCACACCUAUGAAGUGAACUACAAUAAUCCUGGGACUGUCACGAGGGAAGAAGCCGGUGCAUACAGGUGUGAAGUUGAGCAAGUCACCCCAAGGGUUGAGAACAACUACACCAUGGAACCAGCCAAAAUCUCUGAGUAUGUGCCAAUGGACACCAAGAUCAACCAAGAGUAUGAGACCCUUGUGCAACAGAUGGAGUCUGAGUAUGAAGUGGCAGACACUCAGUAG